AUGGAUCGAGCCAGGUGAGAAGAGAGCUCGGGAGACUCCAUGGAGCUGUAGGGCGAGAUUACGAUGGCAUCGCCGCUGGUGGAGCUGGUAGAGGCAUCGCAGGCCGGAUUCGGGGGCUCGGAGGUGAUCGUCGGGGACGCUGCCGCUCACAAGGGCUAUGGCGGCGUCGGCGGUGGCGCCGCGAGGAAUGCCGGCGACCAGCUGUCCGGGAAGAGGAAGAGGAAUCGCAACUGGACGCACAGCGAGGUGCUGCUCCUGAUCGAGGGCAAGAAGAUGGAAUCGGAGGCGACGAUCGACACGAGCGGCGCGAGCUGCCUGUCGCGGGACAAGGUGAUGAUCAGCUCGGGCGAGAAGUGGAAGCGCGUGGUGGAUCACAUGAAGCGCAACGGGAUCGACGAUCGCGACGUCGCCCAGUGCAAGGGCAAGUGGGACAAUCUCCUCUCCGACUACAAGACGAUCAAGGGCGUGCUCAAGAAGAGCGGCAGGCCAAACUACUUCGCCAUGUCGAUCGAGGAGCGGCGCAAGGAGGAUCCAUCGCUGCCCUGCUACUUCGACAAGGAUCUCUUCGAUCGCCUCGACUCUUUCCUCUCGGGGCGGCUGGCCAUCGUGUCGCCGCCGCCGCCGGCGCAGGCGCUGGACCAUCUCAGCACCAGCGCGCAGUCGACGCGCGCGGGCAAGGGCGAUCACGAUCACCACCACGAGCUGGCGCCGGGGUCGAGCGGGAAGAAGAAGAGGCAGCAGUCGGCGAGCGACGUGGUGGCGGCGAUUGGGAAGCUGACGAGCACGUACAUGGCGGCGGUGGCGAGCAUGGAGGAGAAGCGCGAGGCGCGGCACAGGGAGGCGCUCCAGUUUGAGAGGGAGAGGCUCCAGAUCGAGUCGAGGGAUCGCAGGGAGCUGGCGGCGCAGCUCGCCAAUCUGGCCGUGGCGCUCAACCGGGUGGCAGACAAUCUCAAAGACAUUUGACAAGAAAUCUCCAUCUUCCAUGCUCCAUCCAAUGAUCUAAAAAAUUUGACCAUCUUUAAAACACAAGGGUUUAGGGCUUUUGGGUAACCUUAAAACUGUUUUGCAGUAUAUAUCAAUUUCGAAAACUUAAUUUA